GACUCCGACUCCGCAGCCCUGAUUCAAAUAAUCAGAGCAUAACAAUGCGUUGAUCUUAAUUUAGUAGCCGUAGCGCAUAUCAAGAACUCUUAUUUGAAGGUCAAUUCUGCCGCACCUGUGACAAAAGGACGCAUGUGUGUUGUUUGGGUUUUGUGCGCACGGUCCUUUUACAUCGGGAGCGGCGUGGGGGUGGCCGCGUAUCCCGUCCAGCGGGACGUUUUUAGAUUACAUUUUAUUUCCUCUAACAACUAUCGGGUCUAAAGAGUAGCAAAAUGGUUACCAACAAGUUUUCAAAGAAGCAGAGCAAGCGGGUGUCGGCGCGGAUGCGCUAUAAAAUUGCCAAAAAGGUCAAGGAGCACAAUAGGAAAGUGAAAAAGGAGGCAAAGAAAAACCCAAAGAAAGGAAAGAAGAAGGAUCCAGGAGUGCCUAAUCUUGCACCUUUUAAAGAAAAGAUAAUUGAGGAGGCUCAAGCAGAAAAGCAGAGGAUUCAAGAAGAGCGUGAAAAGAAGAGGGAAGCGCUCAAAGCCGAGAGGAUAGCCAAAGACAAUGCUUCCAGCUCAAAUUCCCUAAAUGAGUUGGUUUCAGCAGUACAAACUAGAAAUGAAGAAUAUGAAAAUAUGGCAAAGGCAAAUGACUCAACAGAUAACUCUGCAAAAGCAUUUUAUAAGGAGUUUAGGAAGGUUGUGGAGGCUGCAGAUGUGGUGAUCGAGGUGCUGGACGCCCGGGACCCCUUGGGCUCUCGCAGCAAGGAGCUGGAACAGACUGUUCUCGCAGCAGGCAGUUCCAAGCGGCUGGUCUUGCUGCUGAACAAGGCUGAUCUGGUACCCAGGGAAAACCUCACUGCAUGGGUGAAGUACCUUCGUGGCGAGUUUCCGACGGUGGCCUUCAAAGCCAGCACGCAGCAGCAGCGGGGAAACCUCAGUCAGAGCUCUCUGGACGCUCUCAGCUGCCCGGAGGCGCUGCUACAAUCGCAGCGCUGCCUCGGCGCCGCACCUCUUCUCAAACUGCUCGGCAACUACUGCCGUAACCGCGGAAUCAGCACCGGGAUCUCGGUCGGCGUGGUCGGUCUGCCCAACGUCGGUAAGAGCAGUGUCAUCAACAGUCUGAAGCGGAGCCGCGCGUGCGGCGUGGGCGCCACGCCCGGGGUGACCCGCGGCGUCCAGGAGGUGCAGCUGGACUCGCGCGUCCGUCUGCUGGACUCCCCCGGCCUGGUGCUACUCAGCGCCGAGCAGGGUGAUGCUGCCGCCGCGCUGCGGAACGCCUUCAAGAUCGAGCAGCUCGACGACCCGGCGCUGCCCGUGGAGGCGAUUCUGCGACGUGCCGAUCGCCGACAGCUGAUGAUGCACUAUAAGCUGCCGACGUUCACCACCACGGCUGAGUUCCUGCUUCUGCUGGCGCGGCGGCAGGGCCGUCUGAAGAAGGGUGGUGUGCCGGACGCUGCCGCGGCCGCGCGGCUGGUGCUCCAAGACUGGAACACGGGCCGGAUCAAGUACUACACACAGCCACCUGCUGCCGCCGCCACGACCGAGAACGCGGCCAUCGUGGCGCAGUUCGCGGCCGAGUUUGAUCUGGAUGCGGUCACAGAGGAAGCUGAUAAGGAGAUGGAGGCGGUGGAGGCGCCGCGUGCCUCGCAGACCGUGCCGCUGGCGCCCGCUGAAGACGAGGAGGAGGAAGAGGCGGAGAUGGAGACGGCCGAGCCGGCGGAAAACCUGAAGGUGGACCUCGGCGCCAAGAAGAAGGGCAAGAAGCGGAAGUCCUCGGAGACGGACGAAUCUGAGCGACCCGCCGAGCAGCAGGUACUCACCAAGAAGGCCUACAAGACCAUGAUGAAGAAGCGGAAGAAGACCAAUGCGCGCACCGAGAGGAAAAUGGACUCGCUGGCAGACGAGCUAAAUCUUCAGUUGUGAGACACUAGGGGAGGGGUAGGCAACAUCUGCUGGGUCAGGGAGGUUGGAACGCGCAGGCAAAUGAUCGCCUGGGAUUAGAACGGUGAUCGUUUGAUUCACAUGUUUUUCAUGGCGCCCGUAUCAAGAACGGCUCGUUUCUGUUCUGGGUCCCCAGUUGCUGGGUUUUUGAACUGCAGCUGCGACUGUUGAACUGUUCAUCCGGCAUCUUCCGACAGCGUCGCUAAAUGGUCGGGCAGAGACAAGCGCUACUUCUGAUGAACGUUGUUUGAGAAUAAUAUAUUGGUCCAUCCCCACUGA